AUGGUAGCAGAGAUGUUAGAGGCGGGAAUAAUCAGACCUAGUUCUGGCCCUUUCUCUAGCCCAGUAUUGUUAGUACCUAAGAAGGACAAUGCUUGGAGAUUCUGUAUCGACUACCGUGCACUAAACAGAGCUACAAUCCCAGAGAAAUUCUCAAUUCCGGUCAUUGACCAACUAUUGGAUGAGCUGCACGGUGCAUCAAUCUUUCCAAACUGGAUUUACGUUCAGGCUACCAUCAAAUUCGUAUGCUGGAACGCGAUAUACACAAGACAGCUUUCCGUACAUUGGAGGGACAUUAUGAAUUUCUUGUCAUGCCAUUUGGGCUUACAAAUGCUCCAGCAACGUUUCAAGGCUUGA